AUGGCCCGCGGCGCUGCAGCCACCCAGCCCGGUGACGGGGAUGCCCAGCAGGGAGAGUCCAAGGGCUCCAAAAGACGAUGUGUACAGUCCGCAUGUGUGCCAUGUCGCAAGCGCAAGUCCAAGUGUGACGGCGCGACGCCAUUCUGCGCAACAUGCACAGCGGUCUAUAAGACCCCAUGCCACUACGAUGCGGAGAGCGAAAGCCGGCGUUCCAAGUCCUCAUCCGCCGCGUCAGCUGGCACCAAGCGCGAAGCCUCUGCCGCGGUCGUGUCACACACAGGUGAUGCACUGACAAUCGACUCUCUCAUCAACUCCAUCAGAUCUCUCCCGGAGGAAAAUGUGCUUGACUUCAUCCAGCAGAUUCGAAGGGACCCCAAGGCCGACACAGUGGCGCUUCUUCACUCAUGGCACAGCACCACCCUUGCGCUACCUCAGCCAUCCUCUCCAUUCGACGUGCAAAGUCUGGAGUCAGACCUGAGCGUGCUUCUGGGCAAACCAGCAAUCACUUUGACCGGGCAAAGCAGACAUUUCGGUCACUCUGCCAGCUUGGGACUGGUUACUGAAGAUGAGGACUAUGGCGGUGGCCUUGCUCGAAUGCACACGGCUGAUGCGCAGAGACGAGGGACCACCUGGACGAGAGUCACAGAUGACCUAGCUUUUGUCAACCGAUUGCUCACCCUCUACUUCACGUGGAGUCAUCCAUUCUACAUCCUCUUCAGCCGCGAGAGCUUCUACAAGGACUUCCAAGAGGGGCGGAACAAGUACUGCUCAUCUUUACUAGUCAACGCUAUCUGCGCCUACGCCAGCCAUUUAACGGACGAACCCGCCGCGCGAACGAAUCCUGCCAACUUCCGUACUGCAGGAGACCAUUUUUUCGCAGAAGCCAAGAGAUUGCUUCAAGAAGAUGAUACAUCCAACCUUACAACUACACAAGCUCUGUGUCUCAUGGCAAUGCGCGAGCCAAGUACUGGACGAGACAGCGCGGGAUUUGGGUACAUAGGAAGAUGCAUCCGUAUGUGUGUUGAGCUGGGUCUUCACUUGAAUAACAGUGCCAGCCCUGCCUUAGGCUUGACCCCGAGUGAGAUCGAGGUCAGGAAAGUCACAUUUUGGGGCUGUUUCACAGUCGACACGGUAUGGUCUAUUUGCGCCGGUCGAAUUGCUCAAUUGCCCCGAGCAGCCAUCACACUCGAUAAACCGAUUCUCGAGGAGUCGAGUGGACCUCUUGAAGCAAGCCAUGGCGCCUCCAAGGUCAUCACCACCCGCAUGUUCUUGCAGGAGUUCUCCGCUCUCUCAGAAAUGAUCAACGACAACAACCACAUGUUUUUUGCGCCAAAGGAGAGACUCACGAGCACAAAGUUGCUGGAUUGUUACAACAAGUAUCAAGCAUGGUACCGGAAGCUACCAUCCAUCAUGAGAUUAGAAGGGCGGCAGCCGGAACCUCACACAAUCACGUUGCAUAUGUUGUAUUGGACAGUGAUCGUUCACCUCUUCCGCCCAGUGCUUAAGGUUGACUUCAUACACUCGGACGUGCACCCCCGCGAUAAAUGUAUCGAAGCAGCGAACAAAGUCUCGGGGCUCACCAGGCUCUACCGCUCAUUGUACGACUUCCGCACCGCUCAUCUUGCGAUUCCACAUAUACUUCUCUCCGUCACAAUCGUCCACCUUCUUUACUCGAAAGACAACCCGACUUCACGCCAAAAUCUGGUGGAAGGCUUGCAAGGCUUGGAAGCGCUGCACGAAUGCCACUAUUUCGGGGCGAGAAGCUUUCGCAUCAUACACAGUCUUGCCAGGACUUGGAACUUACCUUGGCCGGAAGAGUUGGAAAACUCGAAGCUCGUGCCUCGAAGUGACCCUAACAACCCUCGGGGGGCUGCCAGCCCUCCCGCUGACCCCCUUCUAGUGGCUCCAAACACAGUUACCCUUGUGAAUCGAAAGGGUCCAGGUGGAUACUCCCAAAUUCCUGAGCCUGAUAGGAGAGGCAGUCUCUCGAUGUUCGCCAACAUGAAUAUGCAGCCAAAUCCGCAUAAUAAAGCACGAUCAGGUUCUGUUGUUCCUAGUCAACACCAUGGAUCGCCAACAGUAUCGACGACAUCCCCGCAGCCAGCUUUUAGCGCAGGCAUGCCUAUGGGCUCGUAUACAUCAUAUUCACAGUCCAUGUCUAUGGCUAUCCCAACGACAAGCACGGCAACCUCAGAGGCUGCCGACGCGAUGUUUUGGACUCCUAUCGCUGGCAUGCCAGCGCCUAUCCUGCCUCGUGUCAACUAUCAGCAGAUUAGUCCAAUGGGUUUGGAUAGCGUCCUUCAUACAGGAAACAUGGGGGAUCGACUGGGGCGAGACGGAUUCAAGAUCAACGAAGAAUGGCAACAGACUGGAGUCAAUGGCUACGUAAGUAGUGCGCCUGGCUACGAACACGGUCAGGCCGGUGGAUCAUAUCCAGUAUCAUACCAACGCGGUGGCCAUGGUGCGCAAGAUGGACAGGCACAGGAGCACUUUGAUACUUCGUGGUGGCAUAAUAGCGCGGGCAACUCGAACGCGAUGAGUUGA